AUCCUUAGAAUUUGCACAAGAUACACACCAGAACAAGAUACCAUGACCUUUUCAGAUGGCCUUACGCUAAACCGAACUCAGAUGCACAAUGCUGGAUUUGGCCCACUGACUGAUCUUGUGUUCACGUUUGCCAACCAGCUCCUGCCCUUGGAAAUGGAUGAUACAGAAACAGGUCUCCUUAGUGCCAUCUGCUUAAUCUGUGGAGAUCGCCAGGACCUUGAAGAACCAACGAAAGUGGAUAAGCUUCAGGAACCGUUGCUUGAAGCACUGAAAAUUUAUAUCCGAAAGAGACGACCCAACAAGCCUCAUAUGUUCCCAAAGAUCUUAAUGAAAAUCACAGAUCUUCGUAGCAUCAGUGCAAAAGGUGCAGAACGUGUCAUUACAUUGAAAAUGGAAAUUCCUGGAUCCAUGCCACCUCUUAUUCAGGAAAUGUUGGAGAACUCUGAAGGACAUGAACCACUGACACCAACCUCAAAUGGAAAUACUGCAGAACACAGUCCCAGUAUCUCGCCUAGUUCAGUGGAUAACAGCAGUGUCAGUCAAUCCCCUCUGGUGCAAUAAGACAUUUUCCAGCUACUUCAGACAUUCCUAACACCUUAUGUACAGGGAUGAAAAGCAAGAAAAACAUUUUUACUGCUGCUUAGUUUCUGGACUUGAUAUAUAUCUAUAUAUGUGUAUAUAUAUAGAUAAAAACUCAACAAGGACCAAGAAAUUUUCAUAUGUAUCGAUAUAUACUCCUUGCUGUUUAAACUCUUAAACCUAGAAAAUGCAAACUUUUGAAACUUUAAAUCAGCCAUUUCAUGCAAAAAAA